AUGACCCAUGCGACUUCAGCACGACGCUCAAAUGACCUAACGAAAACAGGCGAUGUAGAACGGCACAAGAAGGAAUUGAACGAGGUGGAACGAAGUUUGAACGAAAUUCGAAACGACACGACGAAACUGAGCACACUGAUUGUGAAGGAGAGAGGUAGUGGGGAGAGCAUGCAGCAGGAGCACAAGGUGGCAAUUAAAAAGUACGAAGCCUCACUUAAUGAUGCAGAGAGAGAACUAAUUGAAUUGGAGGGCAGAUUGGAGAUGAUGAAGGAAGAGAGGGGGAGAUUGUGUGAUGCUAUCAUGGAGGCUGAGAAGCAGAUGAUGCUGUGGGACAAGAAGAUCCAGUUAGCCCAGGAAGCCAGAGAUUCAGUUGAUGGAGAGGAGGUGAGGAGUGAGGUUGGCUCGUUGAGGAAUGAAAUCCAUCGCAUGGAGGUCAGACUGCAGCAACUCAUCAAGGAGUGCGAGAAGAAGUGCUUGCAGAUGGAACGAUUAGUUGCUUGUCGUGAAGUGAAUUUGGUGAAGGGUGAAGCGAUGAAGACGAGGAGUGAGACGGUGAUUAAGAAGACGAUGAUGAGGGAGGUCACUGAACUGAAGAGGAGGAUCAAAGAGAGGAACAAGGAAGCCGACAAUUUUGACAAAGAAAUGAAACAACUGCAAGAAGAACAAGAGAGACUGAAUGAAAAAUUUGAAAGUGAAAGAAGGAGAGUAAGAAAGUUGCAGGAACAUUCCCAACAAUUAGAUCAGCAACUUCAACAAGCCUUCGUUGACACGUUAGUUGGACAGCAUAAAAUCAAAAACUUCCAACAACAACAACAAUCGAAAACAACAUCGACAACGCUGCAAGUUGAAUACCGCAAAAAAUUGGAUCGCAUGCAGAGCAUAGUUAGGGUCUUGAACAAACUGACAAAUGAAUUUCCUGAAGCAUCAGCUGACCUUCGAAAGGUCAUGUUGACCUAUGGAUCGAAAUGUCGUAGCUUCCAAAAAUCCUCAAGUAAUCGUUAUGCCGUAGGUUCAAGAUUACUGACAGAUGAACCCAACAGCUUCAAAGACAACUUUGGUUGA